AUGGCUGGAUUUUCUUGCGGAGAACUCGAAAACGAUGUCGAAACUGCCAAGAUGUUUAACGACGUUGGAAUCCCAGCUUCGAUGAAGCAGCUUGGUCCUAACAUCGAUGUAACGCGCUUCCUUCGCACCAAAUACCGGAACAUAGGUGUUUUCCUAGAUUUAGGUUGCUCGUAUGAAGUCGAGGAUGUCUUGAAUAUAUUCCGUGAGACUUCGUCUCAGCUUAUGUUCGACCACUUGCACCACUGGUUCAUUCUGGAGGGAAAGGGGAAAGAUGUGACUGAUACUGUGCACCUGUUAAACGACAGUGCGUUCAGCAUUAUUACUGAUUUUGCGAUUUCCGUGCCUGAGGAUGCUGGUUACGUGCUCUACGAUGUUUACAAUCCUUGCAAACGUUGCGGCGGCACGCUCAACAUUACUGAAUUAGGCACAUGGAUGAACGACACUGGUUUGAAUAUCAGUUUGUUAGAAAACAAGUUUAUUAGAAGACGAAACUAUCACCAGCUGAAUGCUACAAUCGCUGGUCUUGUAAGCGAUAGACCGAGAGAUAAAGAUCUGAUAAAAUACCUUGAAGAGCUAAACAUUGAAACGAUAGACAAUUGGCCAAAAUUCGGGUACGCUCUCCUGGUACACAUUGCUGAAAUGUUCAAUUUCAGCUUUAAAAUAGUAGAAUCAAGUUACUGGGCAAAGGAUGAUAGCAAUGGGCCAGUGGUAACAGGUCUAAAUAAAAAGUUCUACGAUUUGUCUUAUCAACCGUUGCUUAUAACGAUCGAAAGAACUAAGUUGUGUGACGUACUGCUGCCAGUUUAUCCUGCGAGGACAUGCUUCAUGUUUCGUACCGUUCCGUCAACAACAAGCGACAUGACUGUAAUCUUUCGGCCGUUCGAAGCAACCGUUUGGUGUACGGUUUUUAUGUUAUCACUUCUUAUAAUAUUUACAUUAUGGUUGAUCUGGAAAUUAGACAGGGAUUCCAGUUACGGGGAAAGUGUUCUUAUUCUCUUUGCAGCGAUAUGCCAACAAGGACUACCAUUUGAAAGCAAUCAGUUCGCAGGUCGAAUUGCUUUUCUCCAGACCAUGAUAUUUGGUCUACUUGUGUAUAAUUGUUACUCAGCGGCUAUGGUGUCAAGCCGGAUAAACGUUCCUCUGAACAAAAUGAACGACUCCCUGCAUUCAUUAGUGAAAAGCAAAAAGAAACUCUCAGCUCACAAAGAUAUCUUCUUCAACGUUCUGAUAACUUCGAGCCACCCGGAUGUUGUGAACUUUAGAAGACACUGGGAAUCUAUACCGGAAAACGAGAGAUUUAAAGAAUUACACGACGGUAUAAGAAGCAUUACCAAUCCUGAAUUCGCUUAUCACGCGAGUCCCAUUGAUGCAUAUCCAAUAAUAGACCGUGAGUUCAGCAAACAAAUGAUUUGCCAGCUCACCGAAGUACAUUUGCUUCGACCUACCAUAUUGGGUAUAUGGGCAGCAAAGAACGGUGAACUUGGAGAAAUAACGAAGAUAGGUUUAAUUAGAAUGACUAGUGCGGGAAUCGUAAAAAGGCAGGUAAUUCGUUGGAAUGAAAGGAAGCCGUACUGCGACAAAGAGAAGCGUUACGCGUCGAGCGUAAAUAUUCUUGAAACAUCACCGAUUCUGAUAUUGUUACUCGGUGGCAUAAUGUUGUCUAUUAUAAUUUGCGUAAUAGAAAAUGCGGUGUUUCGAAUGUCCGAAACAAAAUCAAACGCAACAGCGGAACACUUGAAGAAAAGUAACGAUAGAGGCAUCGUAGGGCGCAAAAAGAAACUUGUACCGAAAAUAAAAAUAGUUACACCUUCAGUAAAAAAAUAAUAAUAACGUCGUUCUACGGUAAGACAGACGCGAUUUGAUUAUUCUUUUCCUUCCUUCAUAAUGUUUUGCAACAAUCAUUGCAGUGAGAUGUAAAUAGGAAAUUUUAAUGCGAUGUAUAAAUUAAUUUUAUUAAAUAUAACGUAUCAAUUACACCAUUUAAAAAUGAAUAUCAUAUGAUUUUCAAUG